AGCGUGCCUAGACUCCAGAAACAAGCAAGACAAAGUCUGCACACAACAUCGAGACUAGGGGUCCCGCCGCACUACACAAAGUCUUACCACAGAUCAGGAUUUAGGUCUUUGCCUGAGUCGUUGCCUACUUUUACUGCGUCCAGAUUGGGCUGCGAAACUUUGGUGGGUUCGCAAUCACAGGCGAAGGGGCUGUGCAAAGACGGUGCAAGGUUGCGGUUGUAGAACUUCCCAUGCGAUUUACUGGCAAGAUCAGUUGUUGACGCUAAGUCACGUCGACUCGUCCUGAGUGAGGCCUAGUGGAGGGAGGUCGGUCAGCACAAGAUGGUUCCAGUUCUGCGGAUGUUCGAGGUGGUAGUUGCUACUGCCUUCUACUCAGGGCUGUGUUACAUGGUCUUCGAGGGCACGGCGCGGCAACUUGGGAAGUUUGGUCUGGGAUCAAGCAUGUUCACCUCUCAGAAAGCGGCGGACAUGCUCAUAAUCACGGCCAUCCACAGCAAGUCCUGCAUCUACCCACAAGGGGACCACCUCAACUUCAUGUCAGUUGUCAACAAACAGGACUAUGGAAGGCUGCACAAUUACAAAGUGAUUGCGGCCACGAAUCUGGCCGACCCUUCGCUGGACAACAUGUGGAACAAAGUGGGCUGGCUCCUCAAGGCCUACCAUGAAUACCCGGAGACGGAGUGGUUCAUGUGGAUUGACAGUGACACCAUGAUCAUCAACCCCACCUUCCAGCUGCCCCUCAACAAAUUUGCCGGCAAGGACCUCGUCAUCUGGGGCAACGAGACCGCGCUGCUGGCAGGGGACGGAAAAUCAGGCAUGAACUCUGGGGUGAUGCUGUUCCGGAGGACUCCCUGGAUGGAGGAGUUUUUGGAGCAGGUGGCUACUCUUGGCAGGAUACCUGAGCCAGAGCUGGGCGAGAUCCUGAAGAAGGAGCUGACGGCACCAGGGUAUGCCUACGACAGCGGGCUGAGGGAUCAGAAUGCGUUUGUGUACGUCAUGAAGACGGCCUGGAAGCAGCACAGCUCGCACGUGAUGCUGGUGAACAAGCAGUACUGCCUCAACUGCUACUGGAAGGACCUGCUGCAGUCCGGCGACCUCUCUUCAGAUGACAAGAAGGUGAACUUCAUCAACCACUUCAGCGGCUGCCAGCUGUGCACGAGGCAGAACAAGGAGGGCAAUUACAAGGAGUGCGAGGCCGAGUUUGUGAAGAGCUUUGAGUAUGCCAACGCCAUCUUUGGCAAGCUGCUCAAGCGCAUGCCUCCCCGUGACAUCGCCCACCAAGUCCAGCUGGCAUCCACUCCCUACUGCAAGGAGAACGAGCGCCACAAGGAGUGCCGGGUGGCAGUCACCGCAGUGGCGGCCUACAAGGAGCGCAAGGCCGAGGAGCUGCGCGCGCGACUGGACUCCGACGACGACCUCCCGGUCGCGCGCCGCCAGCUCAAGGCCUGA